AUGGAGUCUUUGAUGCAGCGGAUCAAUGAGCACAUUCGUGUGGAGGAUGAUGCUGCCUCCACGACCGAGAAGGCUAAUCUGAUCACGGUCGACAGAAAGGUCGCGGGGAAGGUUCACUCGGUCGGGCAGGAGGAUAACCGCCCAAACGACCAGUCAAAAGAUCAACGUCGUGGUUCAAACCGUGAUGAUAGAAACAAAGGUCACAGAAACGACUGGGCUGACGCUCCCCGCGAUGCAGAGGAGGAUGCCAAGAGAAAAUUGAAGGCACGGACCGAAAUCACCACGGUCUUCAAAAUCCCUAUCUACCGCAUCUUGAGUGAGAUCCGAGGAAAGCCUUUUGUCCGCUGGCCGGCUAAGUUGGGGAGUGCACAGAGAGGCUUCAACUCAAGAUUUCGAUGCACCUUCCAUAAAGAACGGGGGCACCGAACAGAGGACUGCUUGCCACUCAAACAACACUUGAAGGAGUCGGUGGCGGCGAGGUAUCUUGACCAGUACAUAGAUGGGGGCAUGAAAGCCGCCCCGCAGGGACAGACCAAGCCAAACGGUCUGGCUACCCUUGAGGCAGCGCCCCAAGGCGUGAUCAAUGUCAUCUAUGGCAUCGUUGAACCAGCCAGGGUCUGCGAGCUAAGAGGAAUGAUUAAGAAAGCCGAGCACAUGAGGGAAGUGCUCUCUGUUCAGCCCGCUGUGAUGAAAGGAAAGACCGAAGAGAAGGACAUCCUUACCUUUUCGAGCAGGGAUUUGGAGCGGAUCCAGAUGCCCCACAAUGAUGCCCUAAUGGUAACUCUUCGUGUCAAAGACUUUGAUAUCAAACGGAUCUUGAUCGACCAGGGGAGUUCGGUCGAAAUCAUGUAUUAUGACGCAUUCAAACGAAUGAAGUUAGAGGACAAGGACUUGGCCCCUGCGAUGUCUCCGUUGGUUGGGUUCAACUCUCAGCCGGAAUGGUCGGUAGGGAAGAUCAUAUUGCCGGUCAAAGUGGGUUCGAUCAUAAAGCAAGUGGAGUUCUGGGUGCUCAAAGUCCCAUCAACCUACAACUUGAUUUUGGGCAAGGGAUAG